UAAGGGUUAAGCUAAGUCUUUCUUCUCCAUAUGAAGAAACAGUCAAAUUAUCAUACAUGAGAUUCAGAGAUCUUCAUCUCAAGCUCAAGGGAUUGAGGCUAAGGCGAAUAGUGUGGAGGAUUAAUGGAGGCAAGAGACGUAGAAAGAUAAAGAAGCAGCCUUCAUGGAUGAACCCAGUGUCACAUGGAUAUCACGUGAUCGAUCGGCGAGUAAUUGGAGGAUACUGUUCCGAUGAAGACGAGUGUGAUUCAGUUGUGAUACAGAGAGAACAGAGGGAAAACACAGAACUUUGGUGUUUCGGAAUAUUUGAUGCUCUAAUCGGAGAUGGCGUCACCAAGUACAUGCAAUCCCAUUUAUUUCAGAAGCAGCUUAAAGAGUCUCAUAUAACUAGAAAAUGCAAGGAGACCCUGAAGAGAGCAUACCUGAAUGUGAGAGCAAAGAUGAGAUCGGAGGAUGAGAGGAUGAGUCACCGGAUCGGCUCAGCGGUGUCGGCGAUAGUCAUCAACGGCGAAAAGCUCAUGACAGCUCACAUCGGACAUUGCAAGGCUGUUGUGUGCAGAGAUGGGGUUGCUUAUCACACAAACCCUACCGCCCAACAAGCACCCCAUUGGACUCGCAAGCUCUUUAAAGGUAUGAUGACAUGUGAAUCAUCAGACGCUGGUGAUAGAAGACAGUCCAGAAGCUCAGAACUUGCGGUCAGAGCUGAAAGGAUCGAUUCUGACACUGAAUUUUUGAUCUUAGCCACCAAUGGCAUAUGGGACGUGAUGAAGAAUCAAGAAGCAGUGAAUCUCAUAAGGCACAUAGAGAAUCCCAACGAAGCUGCUCAAUGCUUGGCAAAUGAAGCUUUGAAUAGAAUGAGCAAAAGCAACAUCUCGUGCAUCAUUAUUCGAUUAGACUAAUUUAAAAAAUGUCUUUAAUUUUAUUUCCAAAGUACAAUGCCUUGUGGAUUGCGGCUACAAUUUUCUUCAUUUUUCUUUUUGGGCCAGGCCAUCUACUCUAGUUGAUUAAUUUUUUGUAAGGAUAAUUUUAACUAAAGACAAAUGAUUUGAUUUAAUUAUU